GGAAAGGGGCGGAGCUGCGGGGGUGGUUGGUGGAGGCUGGCUCCUGCGCAGUGUAGCAGCGCACGUGUUUCAGUCGGAAGUGCUUUAAGAAUCCCAGGGUUGGAAUCCGAAAUGGAAGCGCAGAGCGCCGUGGCAGAGGAGGGCUUUACCCAGGUCACCCGCAAGGGUGGCCGGCGGGCGAAGAAACGGCAGGCUGAACAGCUGUCCGCAGCGGGAGAGGGCGGGGAUGCAGGCCGUAUGGACACAGAAGAGGCCAGGCCGGCGAAGAGGCCCGUCUUCCCGCCCCUCUGCGGCGAUGGGCUCCUGAGUGGGAAAGAAGAAACAAGGAGAAUUCCAGUCCCAGCUAACAGAUACACACCAUUAAAAGAAAACUGGAUGAAGAUAUUUACUCCUAUUGUGGAACAUUUGGGACUUCAGAUACGCUUUAACUUGAAAUCAAGGAAUGUAGAAAUCAGGACUUGUAAAGAAACCAAGGAUGUUAGCGCUCUGACAAAAGCAGCUGAUUUUGUGAAAGCCUUUAUUCUUGGCUUUCAGGUGGAGGAUGCACUUGCCCUCAUAAGGUUGGAUGACCUCUUCCUAGAGUCUUUUGAAAUUACAGAUGUUAAACCCUUAAAGGGAGACCAUCUAUCCAGGGCAAUAGGAAGAAUUGCUGGCAAAGGAGGAAAAACCAAAUUCACCAUAGAGAAUGUGACACGGACGCGGAUAGUUUUGGCUGAUGUGAAAGUUCACAUCCUUGGCUCCUUCCAAAACAUCAAGAUGGCAAGAACUGCCAUUUGCAACCUAAUAUUGGGUAAUCCUCCUUCCAAGGUUUAUGGCAAUAUUCGAGCUGUGGCUAGCAGAUCAGCAGAUCGAUUCUGAUUUCAAGUCAGAGACUUUUUAUCUAGCCUUUGGACUCUGGAGAAAAAUACUUUACAAGUGGUCACAAGACACCGUCUGAAGAAUUGCAGUCAUUUGAAGCCUCCAUCCUUUCUUCCGUCCUCAGCCAGAAGCAUAAACAGAAAAGAAAGGUUUAAGCGUAUUCACACUGAAUAGGUUUUAGGAUAAUUUAAAUAUCAAAAAUUGAUUCUAUUAUUAUACCUACACAUUAGAUAUAAUUUAUCAUUUCUUUGAAAUCACAUGUAGCAGAUUGAAUAGUUUAUAAUCCUCUUGGAAACUUCUUGUUUAAACAGCUCUAUGUGAAUUUAUACUUUUAUAAAUUCGUAACUUCAUAAAAAUUUAUAAACAUUUCUUCUUUAUAAAUUGUAAUUUAAUAGAUUAUCUUAGAAAAACCUCUUUGAAUGAUGGCCCCUCCUUAAUACAGGGUGAUAUGAGUAAUUUUUUGUUGGGGGGACAGGGUCUCACUCACUUUCUCACCCAGUCUGGAGUGCAGUGAUGCAAUCUUAGCUCACAGCAACCUCUACCCUGUGGGUUCAGGUGAUCCUCCUACCUCAGCCUCCCUAGUAGCUGGGACUACAGGCAUUCACCACCACACCCAGCUAAUUUUUUGUAGAGAUAGGGUUUCACAUGUUGGCCAGGCUGUUCUCGAACUUCUGACCUUAAGGCGUCCCUGCCUCAGCCUCCCAAAGUGCUGGGAUUACAGGCAUGAGCCACCGUGCCCAGCCUUGAUUUGUGAAUAUUUGAGAGGUCAUAAGCAGUUGUUUUGCCUGUAUUAUACUGUAUGAGUAAGUAAGAGCUCAUCUUGGAACCUGUUUUGCAGUUUUAAAAACUGAACGAUAUCACAGGGUUGAUGUGAAUAAUGUUUUAUUUUUAAAAUGAGCAUUUAAAGUAUACAUAACCAAUGUUAGAUAUACAGAUGCUUCUCAACUUACGAUGGGUUUAUGUCCAGAUAAGCCCACUGUGAGUUGAAAAUACCAAAAGUUGAACAUCAUAGCUUAGCCUACCCUAAAAGUGCUCUGAACACUACAUUAGCCUACAGUUGGGCAAAAUUGUCUAAUACAAAGCCUAUUUAUAAUAUUGUUGAGUAUCUCAUGUAAUUUUUGAAGAUUACACUGAAAGUGAAAAACAGAAUGGUUGUGUUGGUACUUGGAGUAUGGCUUCCACUGAAUAAUUCUAAAAUUGAAAAAUAAGUUAGAACCAUCCUAAGUCUGUUUCCUCUAAGUAGUAAAGGUGAAAUGAUAAAAGAAUGUUUUUCUCACCCAAAAAAACUUAUGUUCCAUAAAUGCAGAUUAGCUCAUUUCUGCCUGUUUAAAUAGUAUAUGAUUAUUUUAUGCAUUGUAAAAUGGAAGCGACUUAAUUAAACAUGACUUUGAUAAUUCUCGUUUAUCUCUAAAACCCUUGAUGAAAACAUGUAAACUUCGGUGAUGGGGGUAUUAGAAAGUUCACGUAAGAACUAAAACAUUGUUAAGCUUGUUUCCUUUGUAUCAGCUAAAUGUGCCACUGUUUAAUAAGAUAGUUUGUACAGUGCAUGGGAAAUUUGUUCAUUUAUGCUUCUUUUGCAAAAUACUUGAGAAUCUAACUGAAAAUUGCUGAAUAUGUCCCACCUCAAAUUAUUAUUUUUUAUCCUUUGGCAACACCAGCAUGGAGCAAGGAUGUGUACAGUGAUAUCAGAUCCCUUUACUCAUACCUUUUUGUAAAAGACAAAUACUUGGGACUUUUUUAUUCUGAGUCUGUACAGUUUCCAGAGAUACUUGCCUACCUUCAUCCUUCACCCAGGAAGUUAUAUUCAAAAUUGUGACUACUUAGUAUACUUUCCUGGGGAAUGGGUCCAUGCCUUCAAUCAGGUUUUCCAAGCAGUUGGACUGCAUUGAACCAUUGCUAGGUAACCAUAAAUGUUUUGAAUCAACUUUCAAGGAACAGAGGCAGGAACUUAAAAGCAUUUCAAUUGGGAAAAUACAGGUUCUCUGUAUUAAAAGGAAACAUUUUGGUAUUGUCCAAAUUACUUCCUUUAUCCUUUAUUACUUCUUGUGUAAUUACAACUGUAAUACAAGGGAGCAAAUAUAUUUUCCUAGCAGCUGCUAA